AUGCAUAAAUAUGCACUCAUCAGUGUGCUGUUUGAUUCGGGGGCGACACACUCCUUCAUCUCGAAGGCGUGCGUUGAUAAGUUGGGGAUAGUUGAGAGCGAGAUGCAGUUUGACUUGGUGGUGUCAACCCCAGCAGCUGGAGAGAUUAGGACAUCUAUUGUGUGCGUUAGAUGUCCUAUUGAGGUAGAAGGGCAUAGAUACAAGGUAAACCUUAUAUGUUUGCCUCUCAAAGACUUAGAAGUAAUUUUGGGAAUGGAUUGGCUGAAUACCAAUCGCAUUCUCAUAGAUUGUGGGGCUAAGGAGUUAAUUUUUCCAGAAGAAAAUGAAGAAGAGUUGGGUGUGACGCUCGAUCAGUUGAAGGAAGAUAUAAUGGAAGGCGCUAGUUGCUUUUUGAUCAUGACUCACGCGGAUAAUGAGUCUGAAGGUUUUGAACGGGCGUACUCUAAGUGGAGGGAAGCACGUUCGGUGGUGGAUGAAUUUCCGGACGUCUUCCCGGAUGAGGUGCCUGGAUUGCCUCCCGUUCGUGAAGUGGAAUUCACAAUUGACUUAGUGACCACGGCAGCACCAAUCUCAGUUCAACCGUAUAGGAUGGCUCCAGCAGAAUUGAUUGAACUCAAAAAGCAAAUUGAGGACUUAAUGGACAAGAAAUUCAUCCGGCCAAGUGUAUCACCAUGGGGAGCGCCUGUGUUAUAG